AUGGAAGGUACUGGUAUCAGAUUGUUUGGGAAGAAGAUUGCGUAUCCAGAAAGAGGGAAUAUUGCUAAUCUUCCAGUCGUCUCCACCGCCGCAGUGGAGUCUAGUGAUGGUGGUCAUAAUCAACACGGUGGUUGUGAUCUCAAUCGUGGUUUGACGAUGGAGGAGAAUAAUUAUUUGCAAGAAGAUAAGAAACAAGAAGAUGGCAACACUAAAACUCCCAUGGGUGACGAUGCAGCUGAUAAAGCUCUAAAGAAACCCGACAAGAUUCUUCCGUGUCCUCGUUGUAAUAGCAUGGACACAAAAUUCUGUUACUACAACAAUUACAAUGUCAGGCAGCCUCGCCAUUUCUGCAAAAGCUGCCAGAGGUACUGGACUGCCGGAGGCACCAUGAGGAACAUGCCGGUGGGAUCAGGUCGCCGGAAAAACAAGAAUCCAACAUCCCGAUGUCAGUUUGUAACCAUUUCCCAAGAAGCUUUCCAAGCAGCUCAGAUCGAAGUUGCUAAUGCUUGUAAAGGAGUUCAAAAUGUUCCUCUCAAAUUACUUUCUUUUGGCUCGGAUUCACCGGAUUUUAAUUGUAGAAACAAAGAAAACGGAGAUGAUUGCUCCACUGGAUCCACUGUGACUACUUCUAAUUCCUCGGUUGAGAGAAUGCACGAAAGAAAUGGAUUCCAUUCCCAUGUACCGAGUAUUCCAGGGCAUCCUUGGUCUUAUAAUCCUUGGAAUUGCGCCAUUCCGAUUCCAGCAGGACCGAUGUACCCUUCACCUUACUGGAAUUAUAUUCCUUGGUUACCCCAAGCCGACUCUUCCAUCUUAGGAAAGCAUUCGAGAGAAGGGGAAUUGAUGAGUCCAAAUGGUUUUGAAGAGGCAAAGAAACAAAAGAGUUCAGUUUUGGUUCCAAAGACUCUUAGAAUUGAUGAUCCUGAUGAAGCUGCGAAGAGUUCUAUAUGGUUAACACUUGGCAUCAAGAAUGAAAGCAUCCGUACAGGAGGGAUCUUUAAGGCCUUCCAAACAAAGGUCGAAGAAAAUAAGAAGCACCAUGACAUUACUACUUCUCCUGUAUUACAGGCCAACCCUGCUGCUUUGUCUAGGUCACUAUGCUUUCAAGAAAGAGCCUAA